GGGUUAUUCAUCUAUUGAUAAGCCCAGUUACCAGUUGAAAGCGAUGCCUCCCCGUUCCACUGCCCAGAAAAGACUUUUGAAAGAAUACCAGCAACUUGCGAGAGACCCUCCACCGGGAAUUGUGGCAGGCCCGGUUUCUGAAGAUGAUUUAUUUACCUGGGAAUGCUUAUUGGAAGGACCAACUGAUACUCCGUACGAGAAUGGGAUAUUCCCAGCCGAAUUAAAAUUCCCCCAAGAUUAUCCGUUGAGUCCACCGUCAUUGAAGUUCGAUCCACCUUUGUUGCACCCUAAUAUUUAUGCUGAUGGGAGUGUUUGUAUAUCGAUUCUUCAUGCCCCGGGAGAAGAUCCUAAUCAAUACGAGCGCCCCGAAGAAAGAUGGUCUCCAGUGCAGAGCAUAGAAAAGAUCUUGUUGAGUGUCAUGUCCAUGUUGGCAGAGCCUAAUCCUGAAAGUGGAGCCAACAUUGAUGCUUGCAAGUUAUGGAGAGAUGAUCGUGAAGAGUAUAAUAGACAAAUCCGUGCUCAUGUUCGAAAGACAUUGGGACUUUGAUUGACUACGUCACUAAUGGCAUCCGGCAUGUUUAUAGAUAAUCUUAUACCCUUAUAUAUUUCCUGUAAUAUUAGAAAAUUUUCAAUAAAUGGUGAUUGCGUAAUGUUAUAUCAUGGAGACGAACAGGUCUGCAAACGUAAUCCGCUGUCAUUAAUCUUCAGACAUGGGUCAUUUAUUGAUUCGAUGUGGUGGA